AUGUUCGGGGCACGCUCAGACACAAGCGCCAAUACUAUCGCAUUUAUGAUCAUGACGGCGGCUGUUCACCCCAAGGCUCAGGCAGAAGUCCAGGCACAGGCAGACAGCGUGAUUGGCAGGGAUAGGCUGCCAACAUUCGAUGACGAGAGCCUUCUUCCACUCGUGACUGCGUUCAUCUCGAAGUUUAUCGAUGGCGUCCGGAAUACGGCGUCUGUUCGCGAGCUGACUCUUAUCUCCCAGGGUGAUUAUGUGAUCCCUGCAGGUGAAACUGUCAUCGGAAAUCAUUGGGACAUCGCGCGCGACCCGGACGUCUUCCCAGACCCAGAGGAAUUCAUACCCAAUAGGUGGUUCGACAAAUCCGGCAAGCUCAAGGAAGACAUUACCUCUUUCAAUUUUGGCUUUGGCUGACGGUGCGCGGAGCUCGAGACUCCGCCAGACUUUGCGCUGACGCUUACUGUAACGCAGGGUAUGUGUUGGGCAACAUGUGGCAAACAAGUGAGCGCAAACGU